GUUGAGGCAUCACGGCUGCCCGACCAUGCCCGGGACGUUGCUGCGGCAUUUAGCCGCGAUGGACUUGUCCGAAUCAAAAACAUCCUGCCCUUUGAAGUGGCAGAGGCAUUGUGCUGUCGAGUUCAAUCCGAGCUCGAGCAAAGACGGUGUGAUGGUGAUCCCGUGUUCUUUGGUGAUGUGUAUGGCUACGAGGAUUCCGGGCAUCGGUGGGAUCUAAAGCUCCAGCUCUCGAACGAGGUGAAAGUUGCCCUCGUCAGCAUCUUGGGCCGUUUGCAAAAGGUGCUGGAAACGCUGCGACCUUCUUGGCAAUUGACGGAGAUGGCAGCCAUGUGUACUUUUCCUUCGGACCCUGGGCAGCCAGUUCACGCUGACACUUCCCAUGUCUACGAUCAGCAGGUGGUGACGAUAUUUGUCGCGCUCCACGACAUCGUGUCGGCGCGAGGUCCGACUAAGAUGUAUCCCAAAUCCCAUUUGGAUGGAGAGCUCCACUUGGGAAUGAAAGAAGUUGACGAAGACAGCGCGGUUCUCUGUACCAUGAACAUGGGAGACUGCGUAGUCAUGGACAGCAGGCUUCUACAUUGCGGCACUGCGAACACGUCAGACUUGCACAGGUUCCUUUUUUACACAUCUUGGAUGCAGCCUGCAAGGAGGUCACGUGGGUCGACAAACAGCAUCCUGCCGCAGUACGAGGAGCGCUUCUCCCUCCGAGCUUGGCAAGAGUGGACAUCUCCGGGAUUCGGCGAGUAG